AGUGGAAAUAAAGUUUUUUAUGAGUGAGAAUUGCAUGUAAAAUUCAAGUUUUGAUUGGGGAUUUUUCUCUACUUUACUCUUGAUUUAUCCUGUCCAACCUUAUCAAAUGGCCGACCCGUAAUCUGUUUAAUAGUUUAAUUGAGAAAGAUGCUUUAUCUAAAAUAUAAAUAAAAUAAUUAAAAUGGAGGAGAACGUCAAAUAUUUUAUUAUACAUAAUUUUAUUUGAUAUUACAAAAAUUGUUUUUUGAACCCAUAAUCACAAAGUCAUAAUAAUAAUUUUACGAGAUGCGGCUAAAAAUAUAACAAAAUAUUCAUAAAAACAAGAAAUAAAAUCAAACCGGUAAUAAAUUUUUAUUAGUUUCACAAAUUUAAUUCUUUUCAUAACUAAAAGAAAAAAGCUUGGCUGAAAUUAAUUACUAAAAAUAGCCAACUCCUCCACUCCAUUGGAGCUGUCCUUUUACCUGUUUGCGGUAAUUUCCUCCCCGCGUCUCUUUCCCCUCCAUGGCGCAAUGCACUGCCCUCUCCCUCGUCUUUUCUCGCCCAUUCACCGCCACCUUUUCCUUCUCCUUGCCGCUCCGGAUCCCUCCGCCCCCCUCCCAUGGCGGAGCAGGCGGCGCCUCUCGAGCCCUGCAGGCCGCUUCCGCCCCCGCCCUGCGCCGACCCCUCCCUCGGCCACGAAACCUACGUCGUCCAAGUGCCCAAGGACCAAAUCUACCGCGUCCCCCCGCCCGAGAACGCCGCCCUCGCCGAGCACUACCGCAACCAGAUCAAGCUCCGCCGCCAGAACCGCUGCCCCUGCUUCCACGUCCUCAAACGCCUCCUCCUCCCCGUCUUCCUCCCCCUCCUCCUCCUCACCGUCGCCGCCAUUAUCUUCUUCGCCUGCGUCAGACCCACCGCCCCCACCUUCUCCGUCGAGUCACUCACCGUCAAGAAAACCUCAAAAUCAACAACAGAGUACGACUUCUCAGUGAGAGUCCUCAAUCCAAGUAACAGAGUCGGCUUGUCCUACGCCGCCGGCGGCCAUGCCGUCGCCUCCCACCACGGCGGCGGAGAGUUCGCCACCGGGUCGACGCUGGGGUUCUUCCAGCCUCAGGGGAACACGACCGACCUCAAAUUGGUCCUUCGCUCCGGCAAAAUCCUGAAAGCGACCAGUAAAGCUCUUUGGAUCAAGCUAACGGCCAAAUUUUCGGUGAACACCAAGAUCGGCGUGUUGCAGUUGUGGCGCAUGAGCUUGGACGUGAGCUGUGACAUGAAAGUUACAGGGAUUGAUAAGAAGGCACGUAUCUCCUCGCAGGAUUGUAACAGCAAGCUCCAUUCCUGAGGAAGGAAUUAAGAUCGAAAUUAAAAGAAGAAGAAGAAUUGCUUCGUUUGUGGGACCCGAUAUAUUUUAUAUGGGUUGACUUGUUAAUGUUGCUCCAUGCGGUGACUAUAUUACGAUUAACUCAAAAUUUUCCUAAUUAAUUAAAUAAUUUUAU